GAGUGGGGGAAUGGGGGAGGGAAGGGGAAGGGAGGCGGGAGGCGGGGCCGAGCGGGAGCCGGAGCUGGAGUCUGAGCCGGCGGUUGCAGUAGAGGCGGUGAUGUCGGUGCAGGUCGUGUCAGCAGCGGCUGCCGCGAAGGUGCCUGAGGUGGAGCUGAAGGACCUGAGCCCCUCUGAGGCGGAGCCGCAACUGGGACUGAGCACCGCGGCUGUGAGUGCCAUGGCCCCCCCGGCAGGCGGCGGGGACCCUGAGGCUCCAGCUCCCGCCGCGGAGCGGCCCCCGGCCCCCGGCCCGGGCUCGGGGCCCGCCGCCGCUCUCAGCCCUGCCGCCGGGAAAGUGCCUCAGGCGUCGGCCAUGAAGCGGAGCGACCCUCAUCACCAGCACCAGAGGCACCGCGACGGCGGCGAGGCCCUGGUUAGCCCCGACGGCACCGUCACCGAGGCGCCGCGCACAGUCAAGAAGCAGAUCCAAUUUGCUGACCAGAAGCAAGAAUUCAACAAACGUCCCACCAAAAUUGGACGUCGCUCUCUGUCUCGUUCCAUUUCUCAGUCAUCUACUGACAGCUACAGCUCAGCGGCUUCCUAUACAGACAGCUCUGAUGAUGAGACCUCUCCUAGGGAUAAGCAGCAAAAGAACUCGAAGGGAAGCAGUGACUUCUGUGUCAAGAACAUCAAACAGGCAGAGUUUGGACGAAGAGAAAUUGAAAUUGCUGAACAAGAAAUGCCUGCACUGAUGGCUUUGAGGAAGAGAGCUCAAGGAGAAAAACCUUUGGCUGGAGCCAAAAUUGUGGGUUGCACACACAUCACUGCUCAGACUGCUGUGCUUAUGGAAACUCUGGGUGCCCUAGGGGCACAGUGCCGAUGGGCAGCCUGCAACAUCUAUUCCACUCUCAAUGAAGUGGCUGCUGCUCUAGCAGAAAGUGGAUUCCCUGUCUUUGCCUGGAAAGGAGAGUCAGAAGAUGACUUUUGGUGGUGCAUUGAUAGAUGUGUGAAUGUGGAGGGCUGGCAGCCAAACAUGAUAUUGGACGAUGGAGGGGAUCUUACUCACUGGAUUUAUAAGAAGUAUCCUAAUAUGUUCAAGAAAAUCAAGGGCAUAGUAGAGGAGAGUGUUACUGGAGUCCAUAGGCUGUACCAGCUAUCCAAGGCUGGGAAGCUGUGUGUUCCUGCCAUGAACGUCAAUGACUCGGUCACCAAACAGAAAUUUGACAACCUCUACUGUUGCCGUGAAUCAAUUCUAGAUGGACUUAAAAGGACAACAGACAUGAUGUUUGGUGGAAAGCAGGUGGUGGUCUGUGGCUAUGGAGAGGUGGGGAAGGGGUGCUGUGCUGCCCUAAAAGCCAUGGGUUCUAUUGUGUAUGUAACUGAGAUCGACCCCAUCUGUGCUCUUCAAGCCUGUAUGGAUGGAUUUCGACUGGUGAAAUUAAAUGAGGUCAUCCGCCAAGUGGAUAUUGUUAUUACCUGUACAGGUAACAAGAAUGUGGUAACCAGAGAGCACUUGGACCGUAUGAAGAAUAGCUGCAUCGUUUGUAACAUGGGACAUUCCAACACGGAGAUUGAUGUGCUGUAUUUCUCUCUGGGUAAAUGGCUCAAGCAAAGCAUGCUUUCAUCUGCCCUGAGGGCUGCUCUGAUUGAGCUUCAGCACUGCCAGGCAAGUCUGCGGACCCCAGAACUGACCUGGGAGCGAGUGAGAUCCCAAGUUGACCAUGUAAUAUGGCCUGAUGGCAAGAGGAUAGUAUUGCUGGCAGAGGGCCGUCUGCUGAACCUAAGCUGCUCCACAGUGCCUACAUUUGUGCUCUCAAUCACCGCUACUACUCAGGCUCUUGCCUUGAUAGAGCUUUACAAUGCUCCUGAGGGUCGUUAUAAGCAGGAUGUCUACCUGUUGCCCAAGAAAAUGGAUGAGUAUGUGGCGAGCCUACACCUGCCCACCUUUGAUGCCCACCUGACAGAGCUGACGGAUGAACAGGCCAAGUAUCUGGGACUCAACAAGAAUGGGCCCUUCAAGCCUAAUUAUUACAGGUAUUAAGUUCCUGUAAUUCAAGCCAGAAGAAAUUUUAAGGAAUAGAACUCCAAGUCUUUUCUCCACUCCUAUACAGGAAAGAACCCAGCAAACUGCUUCUCCAAUCAGCUGCCCGCCGUGCUCACCCUAUAUGUUAGGUUAUUUAUUUAUUAAAAUCUAGAAUCCUGUGCCUCUUGCCUUGGCCCAGAGUGUGGUUACUGCCCCGAGGGCUGUGAAAGCCACAAAGGACAGGCUGAGGAAGGAAAGCUAUGGGGUAACCUUCCCAGUGCAUCUUCUGCAUCAUUCCCCAUUGACUUGGAAUCCUCAACAAUGGCCAUUUGUCUCUUGUCCAAGUUCAGGAGUUAGUCCAGGGAUUCCAGACUCCUUGUUCCCUGGGGUUUUCUGGAAUAAAUUUCAGCAGCUGCCUUUCUCAGCUUUGGCCCUUCCCCAGGUGAGGCCUUUUGGAAGCCACUGAAUUAACAUGGCCUGGGUUCCCAGCCUUGACCAUCACUAUCACUGCCUUCUUUAUAAAAUGACUAGGAAGGAAGGAAUGUUAUGGCUUUGGCAAGCUACACCAAGAACUUAGCUAUGCCUGUGCUUACUGGGAGUCCCCUUCCUGAAGACCCCUUUCUUCCUUGAAUAUUCAUGUGUGUUUUAACACUUUCUGGUUCCAAGAGGAAUGUGCCUCCAUUAUUUCCUCAGCAGCUCUGGUGUUUGUCAGACAUUGUUUUUGCCAUCUUUGUAACCCAAGUAACCUUUGCCCAGGAAGUGAGGGCCAGCCCCACUGGGAUCCAUAGUUUUACUUGUUCUUUAACUGAACAGUUUCCCGGGAGGUUCCCUCUAGACUGACACUGUCUCAGAAAAGGAGAGCUUGUUGUGAAACUCUGCUUCCUGAAAUUUUCUCUUAUUGUCUAAAACUGUUUUUGAAAUGGAACAGGGAAAGAUGUACUUUCCAAUGGAUUUGGGGGUGGGAGGUGUAGGGCUUUGGAAGUGGAACCAACCAUUCAGGCCUGCAACCUGACACUCUAAAGAAGUAGAAUGUAUUUGUCUCCUGGGAAGGGCUUUGCAGCUUACCUGGCUAAGCUAUACAGAGAUGACACUACAAACUGUGUCCAGAUGAUUAAAGCUAGUUUGACUAGUUUGAACCUCCUCAGACAUUCAUUUCUUUGGCCGUUGCCAUUGAUGAAACUGAGAUCUGGUAUCUCUAUGAUUUAGUUUGUGGUUUUUCUUCUCUACUGGGGUAUAUUUUUUAUGUUCCUGCCUCUUCCAUCUUAGGAUUCUAUAUUUCAGAGGUGGUUUCUUGAGUAACUCCGACAUUAUGAAAAACUAGUAAUGUGAUCAGCGUGAAAUUUUAUGUCUCACAUGAGAAUUGGAUACCUUUUGGAGACUGACCUGUUGGUCUUAAGAGUUUCAUUGGCACAAGACUGAGACUGUUUCUAACAGUAAGUUUGGGGUGCCCCUAGAAAUCUUGAAUGAAGUGAGUCCCUUUCCCACCUGACCACCUUCUUUAACACUCUCAUGUCUGUUUGCUUGCUUGUUUGUUUUCCCAUUUUUUUUCCUUCCCUGGUCUGCCUCAUAGUCUCAAGACCAAGGUGACUCAAGGAAACACCACCAGGCCAGCCAGCAUCAUCCCACCCUGAUUCUCUUCUCCCGCCUCCACCUUUUUCAGCUUCUCCUGGUCUUCACAUAUACUUUCAGAGCUAUUCUGGAAGUGACCUUCCUUUUGUAGGUAGAGAGGUGGGCUUUGGGUAAAUGGCUAUUUGCCUCAUUAAGUAGUAUAUAGCCUCAGCCCAUAAUGCCUGGUCCCUUAGAGGCUGUAUGUCUUAGCACAUAGUAGAAAGGUGCCUGCCACAUACAUGUCUAUAUUUUUUCAUGAGGAAGAUUGUAAAUGCUGAAAAUUCCACAAGGCCACUCAAUUCUUCUUUCGCCUACCGAGCUCUGAGUUUUGUAUUAAUUAAUUGGAUCUCUUUAAUAUUAAUUAAUUGGAUACAGAUCUUCAUAACUCAUCUUACAUCAAGGGCAGAUUCCAUUAGGCAGAUAUCUGGACUCUGGCCUGUUAUGUUCUUAAACCAAAAAAUCAUAACCUUCUGUUUCUCAGUAAAGCCUGGCUCUCUGGAGCAGUAUUACUACGUACUGAUCAUGACCAAGCAUACCUGCCUUGCUAUAGUAAAGAGACCCAUGGCAAAUAAAAAAAGAGACACCUAAGUUGCCAGUGUUGUUGCCCAUGAUGAGAUAUUGAGAUAUUUGUCUCUGAGUUUCAGAUUACCUCUUUUCCUUUCUCUCUGGGGACCCUAUGUUAGCAACCAUUAAGAAGUGGGAGGCCCAGGCCUCUUGAGUAUUUGGGUUCUAUUUUAAUGUUGGAAUUUGGUCAUUCCUUCUACCGUUGAAACCAGAACAAAUCUAUCUUCUUCCCUCAAGCUCUCACCUGAGAUGCAUCUUAGGGAAAGAAGACUAAUUAUCUGUUUGUUUAUGGCCCUGGCAAGUGAGGAUACUUACCAUUUUUCCUACGAUGAACUAGUACUAGUUUUCAAGGUCUUUUUUGCCUUCUUAAUGGAAAAUCAGGGUUUGGUUUUGUUUUGUUUUGUUUUGUUUUGUUUUGUUUCUCAUUAAAAAAGAAAAAAGGUAUCUGGUCUACCUUCUCUGUCUGCCCUCCUACCUCCUCAUCCUACCCUCCUGUAUGAGCACGGCUCCCCAUGGCCACAUACUCCUGCAGAGCUUUUUUGCUGCUUGGCUUUUCUCUGAACAGAUCUGAAACUGCUGCUCCUGUGGUUUUCUCAAAAUUAACUUUGUCAUGGUUUUAAAAAAAAGAAAUCAAAAUGCAUUGUUGCAUUACGCUUUUUUAAUAUUGGAAAAUUAUGGAAAGAAAAUAGGCAACACCAGCAAAUUAUACGUAGACGAUAAACUAAACUAUAUAUAUAUAAUAUAUAUAUAUUAUAUAUAUAAUCAUCUAGUUCUCAUUGUCAUCUUACUGAAAGGAAAUAAAACCUCUAACAAUUGCCAUUUCUGAGAGGCUCUUGGAAAUCUUUAUGUCUAAGUGAUUGUAUUAGAUCAGCAAUAAUGACUAUGUAAUCUCAAAAGAUAAAUAAAAUAUUCUUAAAAUGGA